GCACCGCCCGGACCCCGGGAGUCCGGGCAGAUGGGAUCCCGGUGCCGCAGAAGGUGCUGUUCCCCGUGGAGCGCCUCUCCAUGAAGUGGGAGCAGAUGCACCGGAUCGGCGCCGGGGUGCACAACCUCGGGAACACCUGCUUCCUCAACUCCACCGUGCAGUGCCUGACCUACACACCGCCUCUCGCCAACUACCUGCUCUCCAAGGAGCACGACCGCACCUGUCAGCAAGGAGGCUUUUGCAUGAUGUGCGUUAUGCAGAACCACACGAUCCAGGCUUUUGCCAACAGCGGCAACGCAAUAAUGCCAGUGUCCUUCAUCCGAGACCUCAAGAAGUUUGCCCGGCACAUCCACUUCGGCAGGCAGGAGGAUGCGCACGAGUUCCUGCGUUACACCAUUGAUGCCAUGCAGAAGGCCUGCCUGAGAGACUGUGCCAA